ACUAUAGUAGUAGUAGAGAGUGGGUGACUCGAGUAGUGGAGGUGGAGGUGAAGGUGUCGCAUCUUUAAGUUAACCGGCGUUUAUAAUUGCAUUUCAAACUCCGUUCAACCGUCACCGGAGGCGGAAGAUGCAAAUUGUUGAUAUGAACUUUUGAUUUUCAUCAUAACUUGGUGUAGCUUUUAUGGUUCUGCUCCAUUCAUUUCAAUUCCGUUUCUAAUUUCAUAUCUAAAAUAGGAACACGUUCUUCCUCAUACUUCACAUUUCUCAUCUGCAAUUUUCAUCACCCGCCGAAACCCUACAUUUUCGCCUAGUGGUGGAUCAGUUUCCGGGGAUUCCUCGCCAAUUAAGGAUUGGUGUGUGCAAAUAUAAGGUUGUGAGAUGGAGGAUGGUGAGAAACCCACGGGUAAUUCCCAUGACAUUUCUGAUAUGGAUGUUGUUGAUGCCGCUUUGCAUGGCCAGCAUGUGUCGUCUUCCCCUACUGACAAUUCCCCUGCUCAGCAACAGCAGGAUCAAGUAAUGGUCGAACAGGGCGAUGAUAACAAAAACGGGGAUUCUGAUCCCAGUAAUGUACCAGAGACUAGUGUAAUUAGUGAGAAUCAGUUUGAGGUUGAAGAUUCCAAGACCGUUUCGCACCAUGAACUGAUUACUCCUAAGCCUAAAGAAAAGAACAUUAGAGAAAUGAAGAAUGUGCUAAAUGAUACUGAGAUGACUGAGUAUGAUGAGUAUGGCACACCUCUGGACCGGGAAACAUUUAUGAAAGAGCUUGAGAAUUUCUACAGAGAGCGGUCCUUGGAAUUUAAGCCUCCUAAGUUUUACGGAGAGCCACUAAAUUGCCUUAAGUUGUGGAAAGCUGUUAUCAGACUGGGUGGCUAUGAUGUGGUAACUGGCUCCAAGUUGUGGCGACAAGUAGGAGAGUCUUUCAACCCCCCAAAGACAUGCACUACAGUCUCAUGGACAUUUAGAAUCUUUUAUGAGAAGGCACUUUUAGAGUAUGAAAAGCAUAAGAGAGAGACUGGGGAGCUACAGCUCCCUGUUGGAGCAUUCCAUCAAUCUCCAAACGUGGAAAAAGAGACUACUGUUUACCAGGCUCCAGGAUCAGGUAGAGCACGAAGGGAUGCAGCAGCCCGUGCAAUGCAAGGUUGGCAUGCUCAGCGCCUUCUUGGAUAUGGUGAGGUUGCUGAGCCAGCUACUAAGGACAAGAACUUCAGUUCCACACCAAAGCGUGAAAAGAACCUAAAAAGCAUUGGUAUGAUUAAUAAACAGAGGACGCCAGCUGGUUUGGAGCAUGCUGAGAAAGCUGCAAAUAUUGAAGGAGAUAGACAAUUGGUCACAGCAGUGGUGGACAUUGGACCCCCAGCCGACUGGGUGAAGAUCAACGUACGAGAAACUAAAGAUUGUUUUGAGGUGUAUGCCCUAGUUCCCGGGCUCCUUCGUGAGGAGGUGCGAGUCCAAUCGGAUCCAGUUGGACGUCUGGUUAUAACUGGUCUGCCAGAACACAUUGAUAAUCCAUGGGGAAUUACCCCCUUCAAAAAGGUUGUGAACUUACCUGCAAGAAUUGAUCCGCUUCAGACAUCCGCUGUUGUUAGUUUGCAUGGUCGACUAUUUGUACGGGUUCCCUUUGAGCAGGGAGCUGUAUGAAUGUUCCUCCCUUGAAUGCUUGAUUUGUCAAAUCUCCUCUUAAGGGGUUAAAAUUAAACAAUCAGGGCGAGUUUAUGCUUGCAAAUACUGAAGCCCUGUUGGGUUAGUCGAAACUACCAACUAAAUUACCAUUUUUUCUGGUAAAAAUACCCAAUUUCUCUAAUACAGUAUGCUAGAGUUCUCCCAUAAAAUGCCUUAUUAUCCA